GUGGCGACUCCUGCGUGGAGAGCCCUGCCUUGGCCGAGUAAUCCGGCAGGGCCAAGAUGAGCCAGAGGGCCAAGUCAGGAGCCCGAAGGCAGCAGGAUGACGUGCCCUCUUGCCUCCUCGAGGACCAUGAGAACCAGCAAGUGUUUGAACUCUUGGGCAGGAAAUGCACGACCAUGGUCACAACCGUGGCCCAACUGUUCCUGGCCGUGCCCCAAGGCAGCAGAAAUUGGUCCAAGCAGGGCUGCGGGGUCCUGUGCUUCGUGAAGGAUAGCCCAAAUCGUUCAUAUUUCAUCCGCUUGUACGACCUUAAGGAGAGGAUGAUGAUCUGGGAGCAGGAAUUGUACCACCAGCUGAUCUACAUUGCCCCCACAACCUAUUUCCAUACCUUCCCUGGAGAUAACUGCCAAGUGGGGCUAAACUUUGCCGAUGAGAACGAAGCGCAUGCUUUUCAACAAAUGGUGGAAGAAAAGCUGCAGAAGAGGAACCAGAAGAUGGAUAAAAGACAACUGCCACCGCUGCCACCUCCAGUCAAUGAAGACAGAAGACCAGCCCUCCCGCGGUCCCCACCUUCUGGGGCUGACUUGAAUGGGCCUGGUCUGCAGUCAAACUCCUCUCCGUCUCCUCUGAGUCUGGCUACUGUCAACAUCCAAAAUCCAGACAUCACAUUUUCCCGCUACCGUGGACUCCCUGUUCCUACCACAACAGAUAAGAAAAAGGGGAAGAAGAAGAUUUCUAAGGCUGACAUUGGGGCUCCGAGCGGAUUCAAGCAUAUCCAGCACAUCGGAUGGGAUCCCAACAAUGGUUUUGAUGUGAAUAAUUUAGAUCCUGAUUUGAAGACCCUUUUCUCCCAAGCAGGAAUCAGUGAGGCUCAGCUAACUGAUGCUGAAACUUCAAAGAUUAUCUAUGACUUCAUUGAACUUCAAGGAGGGUUGGAGGCUGUAAAACAGGAGCUGAGACGACAGGGUCCAACUCAGCCCCCUCCCCCACCCCCAAUGCGCUCUGGUCCCCUUCCUCCACCUUCUGGACAUUCCCGAAGUGGCCCUCUCCCACCCACACGGGGUGCCCCACCUUUAUCAACCAGGGGAGCUGUUCCCUCCCCACCACAGCCCUCCCGGGGACAUCCCAGCCCUUCGUGGGGACCUUCUCCACCUGCCCCUCGGCCUGGACCAGCCCGUCCUCCACCAGUCCAAGCUGGGGCAGUCCCACCACCACCACCGCCACCGCCACCACCACCUCCUCCACUUCCACUCCAGGGUUCUGCACCAUGCCCACCUCCCCCUCUCCCCUCUGGAGGGCCUGGUUCCUUGGGGUCUCCACCUGCUGCUGCCCCCCCAGGGCGUGGUGCGUUACUGGAUCAGAUACGCCAAGGAAUACAGCUCAACAAGACGCCUGAUGUUUGCGAGUCACAACCACCUGCGCAGAGCUCUGAAGGCCUCGUAGGGGCUCUGAUGCAUGUGAUGCAGAAGAGGAGCAAGGCCAUCCACUCCUCAGAUGAAGAUGAAGACAACGGCGGGGAUGAAGAAGAGGAUGAUGAGUGGGAUGACUGAAUUCAGAAGGAUAUUUGGCAGGAAGUCUGAUCCUCCUAUCAACUUGCUGCUGUCUGAAUUAAUUGCUGUGGGCACUUAAUCAGGCUGCUACUUUGGUGUCACCACCACCCCUGCAAUUUGUGCAGACCACUUUGAGAUCCAAUAGAUUCGUGGGCAGCCUUCCUUUUGCCUAGGCAGGGAAGAGGCAUUCAUUUCCCCCUUCCGCUCCAAUAUCACCAAGGCCUAAGCAUAAUUCUCAUUCUCUUCUUUUACCUGUGCACCUGGAUGCCUUUGACAAUGUUAGAAAGUGAAGCUGUAAUCUUAUCUCUCUCAAACCCUCAUUCUUGACAAUACUGCUUAUAAUCUCCUGCUUCUAACCUUCUAAGUGCCAUAUCAUCUUUCACCCUAGCCCCUCAUCAUCCUUUCUUUAUUCUAGCCAUAUAAUCGUGUUUUUUUCAAGCAGCUUCCAUUUUGAGACCAAUCUGUAAGUACAAAGAUGACAGGAAUAUAAGCAAAAUCUCUGUCUUAUUUUUAAAAAACUAAAAAAACCACCACCCCUGUGCAUUGUUAAUUUGCACCAAAAUCCUAGUUAGCUGAAUUCUUUGCACAAAACCUUUCAAAAUAAUCUUUUCUUUUGUGUUACAUGGGAGGGAAAGCAAUACUCAGGCUUUAAGGCAGGUAUUCCUGUUUACCUUAAAACUUAGCUAAAUGUUUUAACUGUAGUGUGAUUUAGGGAGCAUGUUUGACCUCAAAUCCUUCCAUUUUAAAAAACCUAUAUUAUGUACAGGAAAUUAAAAGUAUUUUAAAUGUGGCCGCAUUGAAAGCCCUUUAAAUGCCCUGCAAUGCCAACACUGCUUCUUCCAGCCAUGCCACCUCCACCCCGACAAGUGGUCUCACACCCCGAAAGCACCACGCAAACUUGAAUUUGGCGGGGGGGGAGAGUUGGGGGCCCAGUGGGGAUGGAAUCUUGCUUUCAGUGUGGGACGGGAGGGGAAAACCACACUCACUAGAAUGGGAUAUGCAGAUGGGGGAGGGCAAAGGAUACUGCGGGGUCUGCCCCACCAUGACCAGGGAAGAUGUCACAAGGGGAGACCCCCGGCAGAGCAGUCCAGCCAUACCCAUCACAAGCCUGCUGAAAGCAGCUCUCACCACCACUGCCUUUUACCACCACGUUAUUGUUGGAGACACCUGUUUGUGCCUUUUAGGUUGUAAGGGAUUGCAUCUUUUAAAGUUAAUAUAUAAAAACUCAUUUGAAUAUGCUUGCCUCUAGAUCUCAUAGAAGGGUCAUUUACUGUGAGACUGUUGUUUUAUGCAUCUCACAUGUUAGUGGGCUGGAGCAUUGACUCCUUCCAGAAAAUGGUGGGAGAGCCUUACAUUCAUACAGUUCAUGAGAGUAUGCAAGUCUUCCACUACAUACUAAAGAUAAAACAAAUGGGUUAUUCACACGACCGUGCAGGCAGGCGGUAAGGCAGGGAGGGGGUUCAACCUACCUUCCCCCAGACAAUCGAUGGUCACUUCUUCGGCGUGCAAGCUGUGCACCCACAUGACCCAUGCUGCUGGGAGCAGCGUUGAUCAACAGAGGCCAGGACUCAUUUUCCCAGCCUCCAGAGGCAUAUCUAGGGAAAAUAGCGCCUAGGGCAAGCACUGAAAUUGCGCCCCCUGUCCAAACAUCUGACACCCAACUUUCAGAUAACUUUACCAUAAUAUCAGCUGAAAAAUACAAGUCAAGCUCGUUAAUCUUUUAAUAUUUCAAAAACUAUUUAGCAGUGGAUGCAGCCAGACAAAAAAUGCUGGAAAACUACAAAUUUCAGUAUGCUAGGGCUCAUGAAAUACCCAAAUACUAUGUGGAGGUGUACUUGGAAAACUAAACAGAAGUGCCUGUCUAAUUCCCUACUAUGCAUUGUAGCAUCAUUAUUACAUAAGUUGUAAAAAUAAAUGGAGAAUUUGACUUUCCCCAGAUACUCUGAAAAAAUAAUUAAAGGACAUACAGAGUAAA